AAAGGAUCUAUAGCAGAACUCUCGUUAAGCUUAGAGAGGAUCUAGUCACUGGUCAGGUCGGUUUAAAGGUCCGCGAAAAUCUCUGAGUUACCUGUGAUCUCUUUGAGUGUCUUUCUUUUCGUUAAUUCUCUCUCUGUGUCUCUCCAUCUCCAAUCAUGCAGGCCAGUGAUAGGUUUAACAUCAAUUCCCAGCUUGAGCAUCUUCAGGCCAAGUAUGUUGGAACUGGUCACGCCGAUUUAAACAGAUUCGAGUGGGCGAUGAAUAUCCAGCGUGAUAGUUAUGCAUCAUAUAUUGGGCAUUACCCUAUAUUGGCUUAUUUUGCUGUUGCUGAAAAUGAGUCAAUUGGAAGAGAGCGUUAUAACUUUAUGCAGAAAAUGCUUUUGCCAUGCGGUCUACCCCCUGAACGUGAAGAUGACUGAGAGUUCAGGCUUUCAAGAACACGCAUUAAUUUUGUUGGUCCUUGUUGGUUGUAGAAUUUAUCAUAGCAUGAUCCCAUUGAGUACUAAUUUUACAUUCUAGAUGUUUUUAUGUAAGUGGUUGUUUUGAACUUUAUAGUGCUGAAAUGGUUGAAAGUCUCUCUUAAAUUAUGGCAACAGAAAUACCAUUCAGUUCACUCUUAUAUCUCGCAUAUAUGCAUUUUAUUAUUUUCCAAUGAUGUUUAAGGUUUCUUAAUGAUGUUUAAGGUUCAGGUCAGUUUUAUUUAGACCUGAAUCAAAACUUUAAUGAGAUGAAAUUGUGGAUGCUCA